AUGGCUCGCUACAUCGAAGCCAACGGCCACAGAUGCGAGGAUGACGAGGAUCCUCCCAGGAGCGCCGACUCCCCUGCAGAGUCGCGAGACUCUGGUGAUACCUCAGCUUCCCGUACUCACACAUCUGCGGUUUGCACGAAGCUGGAUUUUUUGAAGACCAAAACACAAAUGGCCUUUGCAUCGCUGAAGGAACGCUUCCAGAAGAAGAAGACAAACUGA